AUGGCCUCGAAGACUUCGGUUCUAGGUCUGCGGUCCAUGCUGGCGACCUCAUUCUCGUCUACUCCCCAAUCUCGACACGACUCACGACUUCGCAGCGCAUAUGCUCCUGUCACGCGGGGAGAAGACUGUGCUGAAAUAAUUAUGAAACUGUUCAGACUUCGGCAGAGAUUGCGACGUCUUCGCGAUGAACUGUUCGACGAACUCCCAGACGAUCCAGGACAAUUGCCCAUUCGGUGUCGGCCAAGUUAUCGCCAAUUCCGUCAUUAG